AUUCUUAAUUCUUAUUAUUGUAUGAGAGUGAAGGAAUUACACGUUACGAGGCAUGGCCGUAGGUGAAAACAAGGCACAAUCGGAGUCUAAGGUGUGGAAUUUGUUCAGGCUUCACCCUUCCACCUCCAAUUCCGCUUCUUCCCUCGCCAGAUCGCUCCUCCCCACACGACGUCGUCUCAAGCUCGAUCCUUCCAAUAACCUCUACUUCCCUUAUGAACCGGGCAAGCAGGUUAAGAGUGCCAUCAAGAUUAAAAACACUAGCAAAUCCAAUGUAGCUUUCAAGUUUCAAACAACGGCACCCAAAAGCUGUUUCAUGCGCCCUCCUGGUGCCCUUCUUGCACCUGGCGAGACUAUAAUUGCAACUGUGUUCAAGUUCAUAGAGCAUCCAGCAGACAAUAAUGAAAAGCUACAAAAAACUGUAAAGUUUAAAAUCAUGAGCUUGAAGGUGAAAGGAUUAAUUGAUUAUGUUCCUGAAAUGUUUGAUGAGCUGAAGGAUCAAGUAACAGUGGAGCAGAUUUUGCGGGUUGUGUUUCUCGAUCCAGAGCGUAAUAGUCCUGCUUUGGAAAAACUGAGGGUUCAGCUGGCUGAGGCUGAUGCUGCAGCUGAGGCACGUAAGAAAGUCCCAGAAGAUGCAGGUACAAAGAUUAUCGGGGAAGGGCUUGUCAUAGAUGAAUGGAAAGAGAGGAGGGAAAGAUACAUGGCAAAGCAGCAGGGUGAAAUGAUAGUGGACUCUAUAUAGCUAGCUGGUCUGAAAUCUUCGGGUGAAGAUGUCUUUAGGGAAACAAUCAUGUUUCCGGAAUGAUAUUUUGACGGAUUCAUGUAAAAUGGUAGUUUCUGUAUGAUGGAUGAUUUUCUGUCAUCACAAGGUUUCCUGUCAAACGUCAAUUGUUGAGAUUUUCGUCCAGGAAGUGGUAGAUUUGAGUAAAAUGAUAUA